AUGGUGAUAAAUUUAUGGUUUUAUUUUGGUUCUUUUAAUUUUGUUAGCUAUGCACUACAUUUUUUAUCAUCUUUUGUACGGAAUUUUGUGUUUUUCUAUCUUCAGGCUGGAGUAUUGUCCGGAGAUGUCAGUGACAUUGUUCUUCUGGACGUGACACCUUUAUCUCUUGGUUUAGAGACAUUGGGUGGCGUGAUGACAAAGAUUAUUCCAAGAAACACCACACUGCCCACCUCUAAAUCAGAGGUCUUCUCGACCGCAGCAGAUGGUCAGACUAGUGUCGAGAUCAAUGUUCUGCAGGGUGAAAGAGAAUUUGUGAGGGACAACAAAUCAUUAGGAAGUUUCCGUCUUGAUGGAAUUCCACCAGCACCUCGUGGGGUACCACAGAUUGAAGUCAAGUUUGAUAUUGACGCCAAUGGCAUUCUCUCUGUUACUGCAGUGGACAAGGGUACUGGAAAGAAGCAGGACAUCACCAUUACAGGGGCUAGCACGCUGCCCAAUGAUGAGGUGGAUAGGAUGGUAAAAGAGGCAGAGAAGUUUGCAAAGGAAGACAAGGAGAAGAGAGAUGCCAUAGACACCAAGAACCAAGCAGACUCUGUAGUGUAUCAAACUGAGAAGCAGUUGAAGGAGCUGGGAGAGAAGGUUCCUGCUGCUGUUAAAGAGAAGGUUGAGGCCAAACUCAAGGGGCUCAAGGAUGCCAUCUCUGGUGGAUCAACUCAGAGCAUCAAGGAUGCAAUGACUGCUUUAAAUCAGGAGGUGAUGCAGCUUGGUCAGUCCCUCUACAACCAGCCUGGUGCACCUGGCACUGGCCCAGCACCUGGUGCUGAUGCUGGUUCUACCGGCGGAGCUAGCAAGGGACCCGAUGGUGGUGAUGUGAUUGAUGCCGAUUUCACUGAUAGUAAGUGAAGGUUUUGAGGGAAGGCUGUGAGAUGAUUGUUUAUUUAAUGGCGAAAAAUUGCAUUAAGUACUGAAAUAAACUUAAUUGCUCUUUUUGCACACAUGUUAGGGGCCAUGUAUUUGUACUGCAGCUUUAUAUGACUUGCUCACCAAUUGUGGAAUUUUGAUAUUAGUGUAGUUAGAAAGCUGGGGUUUUAAGCAUGUGUAGUGUUUUGCAACGGUUCUCCGUAUGAUUUAUGGCAUAUUUAUUGUUUUUCC